GAGCCCAACGUUAACGCUCAGCCAGCGCCGGUCUUCGACACUCCCACAACACGAACAAAGGAAAAAAAAAAAAAAAAUCAGAGUGCAGAAAAUUCCAGUUUUGUAUUGAAGGCAUAAGGAAAUGGCAGAAGGUGAGGAUAUUCAACCUCUGGUAUGCGACAAUGGUACUGGAAUGGUCAAGGCUGGCUUUGCUGGAGAUGAUGCUCCCAGGGCUGUAUUCCCUAGCAUUGUGGGUCGCCCUCGCCAUACUGGUGUCAUGGUGGGUAUGGGCCAAAAAGAUGCCUAUGUUGGUGAUGAGGCUCAAUCAAAGAGAGGUAUUUUAACUUUGAAAUACCCAAUUGAACAUGGUAUUGUUAGCAACUGGGAUGACAUGGAGAAAAUUUGGCAUCAUACCUUCUACAAUGAGCUCCGUGUGGCUCCUGAAGAGCAUCCGGUUCUCCUCACUGAAGCUCCUCUCAACCCUAAGGCCAAUCGUGAGAAAAUGACUCAGAUUAUGUUUGAGACCUUUAAUACUCCUGCAAUGUAUGUUGCUAUCCAGGCUGUCCUUUCCCUUUAUGCCAGCGGUCGUACCACUGGUAUUGUUCUGGACUCUGGAGAUGGUGUGAGCCACACAGUUCCCAUCUAUGAAGGCUAUGCCCUCCCACAUGCCAUUCUGCGUCUGGAUCUGGCAGGUCGUGAUCUUACUGAUGCACUUAUGAAAAUCUUGACUGAGCGUGGUUACUCUUUCACCACCACUGCUGAGCGAGAAAUUGUUAGAGACAUGAAGGAGAAACUAGCCUACAUUGCUCUUGACUAUGAACAAGAGCUAGAGACGUCAAAGACCAGCUCAUCUGUUGAGAAGAGCUAUGAGCUGCCAGAUGGGCAGGUUAUCACAAUUGGAGCAGAGCGAUUCCGCUGUCCAGAAGUCCUUUUCCAACCAUCCAUGAUUGGGAUGGAAGCUGCUGGCAUCCAUGAGACCACUUACAACUCUAUCAUGAAAUGUGAUGUCGAUAUUAGGAAGGAUCUGUAUGGUAAUAUUGUUCUCAGUGGUGGCUCUACUAUGUUCCCUGGCAUUGCUGACAGGAUGAGCAAGGAGAUUACUGCAUUAGCUCCCAGCAGCAUGAAGAUUAAGGUGGUGGCACCACCAGAAAGGAAGUACAGUGUCUGGAUAGGAGGUUCCAUUUUGGCAUCCCUUAGCACCUUCCAGCAGAUGUGGAUUGCAAAGGCAGAGUAUGAUGAGUCUGGGCCAUCAAUUGUCCACAGGAAGUGCUUUUAAUCAUGCAAAGCUCAAGGCUAAAGGCGAGACACAUACUACACUUAAUUAUGUUUUUCGUUGCAAAAGGCUUCCAAUCAAGUGGUUGAAAAUUUUUCUUCUCCCUAUUUUAUUUCCAUAUUUUGAUUUAUUAUUCUUAUUCUUAUUUUUUUUUUUCUGUUUCUGUUUCUGUUUCUGUUAAUGUAUGGACAAAAACGAGGGCGAGUGGAUCAAAUUUAAGAUUCUUUUUUUUUCCUCUUUAUUUUUUUAAUUUUUAUUUGAUUGUAGAAGAGUUUUUUAUUGUAGUUGAUUUGGUUUGGGUUAAUUUUCAGGGAUUGAUUACAUUAUUAUUACUUUAAGGGUUAUUUCAAUUAAAUAAAACCAGUAAUUAUUAUAUUUCUUUCA